AUGCAAGCCUCAUCAAGCAAUCAAACAAGUUUACAUCCAGAAGCUACGCCAUGCCGGGUCGUCCGUAUCAAACUCAUAGCUGACCUACGGGCCAUUUCACAAUUCACUAGAAAUUCUCUUCUGUCCACCUUUACACAUCCCUCUGUAUCUGCAUUUCCGGGUCGUAUCACAUUGUGGUUAUCUCAUAUGGAUGACAUUGAUCAAAAUCUCCAAAAAUACGCCGAGUUAACAUUACAUCUCCAACCGGAUCCUUCAUCUAGCUCCACAAGACAAACUAAUUCUUUCUUUCCAAACCAACCCAGCAACUCUACAUCAGGCUCGGAUAACAUUCAGACUCCACAAACAUCUGCUGAUUUCUUGAAAUUGGCCUUAGAAGGUUUACAAAUCCCUCAUGUUCCAGGUUCGACACCAACACAAGAUCAGAGGAUGAACUCUAGGAUACAAGAAAUAUCCCGGAAAUUAACAGUCUUGGAUCAAUUGGAAAGUCAGGGAGUCACACAUGUGUGGGAAGAACAGUUAGGGAGAUCAGAAACUGAUUGGGUGGAACAGUAUUGGCAACAGAGGAAUGAGUUUGUGAAUGAGGAAGUUUUGCGGGUGACAAAUCCCAUUGCCAUGGGAGAAGAAGGAGAGGAAGUGUGGGGAGAAGAGGGAGGGGAGAUAAGUUGGAGUGACUUUUUGCUGCAGCAGGGUAAUGAACUAGAUUAUACAGAUGGACAAAUUUGGGAAGAUUAUCAGAAUUCAUUUCCCCAAAAUCAGUUUGACGGUGUUGAGUAG